GUUCGCAAGUGUGAGACAGUCACACAAGUAUUAGCAUAAAAUCUUCAGUUAGACCGGAACCACGUCAAAGUUCACCGUACCCACCGCGGGGCGCUCGAGUUCCCCGUCCUCGCCGGCGCCGGCCACCGCGCGCAUCCAGCUAGCCAUGUCCAAGUACGGAACCAUCACCGCCUCGUCCCCCACCGCGGCGCCCGAGGGCUCGCCCGCCGCGCUGGACUCCACCUCCUCCAGCGCUAACGCCCCCGGCGCGUCGUCUCCGGCGGCCGCGCGCCGCCCCUGGCGCGAGCUCGCGGACCCGCGCGCGCUCUCAGUCCCGCGGGGUCUCGCCGACGCCCGCCACCGCGCGCGCGCCAACCUCGCGCGCUUCAGCGCGAACUACGGCCUCGUCUCCAUCGCCGUCUUCUCGGCCUCCCUGCUCUGGCGGCCCAUCUUCCUGCCCGUGGUCGUCCCGCUCUUCUUCCUGGCCUCGCCUGGUGAUGCCCUCCGCUUGGUCCCGAUGUUCACGCCCUUCCUGCUGGCGGUCACCCGCGGCGCGACGGGCGUCCUCGUCUUGCUGCUCGCUGGGGCCCUGCUCGUCGCGGCCCACGCCGUGCUGCACCUCCCCGCGGACGACGACGAGGAAGCCAGGCUGUGCUCCAAGCCCGAGCCACCGCCGGCAAACUAGCUAGCCCCGGCCGUUCCUCGUCGACCUCAUUGGCUCUUGGUUCAGUCGAUGUUAUUAUUGCAGUUGCUCUUGUUCCGUUUGUGAACUUGCUCAGAGACAAAGAUGUGCUUAAACUUGGUUAGUCGAUGCAUGAAGACGUUUAUUCUCUUUAAUUGGAUGAUUUGCUAGUGAAAUCAUGUUUUUUGGGAGCGAUGAACCUGAAGUCGAUCAAUUUGGGCUCAAUUAUUUGGCACUCUACGACCAUAUGGUUACUUGGAAGUUGGAAGCGUCCUUUGGAGAAGUGGAGCUACACGAUCAAGCCGGAAGAGAUUGGCCAUAUAAUUCCAAAUUGUUAGUCGUUUUGGUAAAUUUAGACUUAUAGAUUUUGCUAUGUAUAUAAACAUGAUGUAUAUAUAGAUGUAUAGCAAAUACUAUAUAUAUC